AUUCAAUUUCGAUUGACGCCAUCGGGAUGAAUUGGUUUGCCGUUUUAUGAAUUGUUAUGGUUGGAGUUUACAACGACCAUCGUAGCCUCCAAUUGAUGGUUGUUGUAAUGAUUUUCCUUCCUGACUUGUCUUUGUGACGAAAAAUAAGUGGACCGCUGACCCACAUUUGCAUUGCACGGUGGCUCGAAGUUGGGGGGAUCGGUGCUUGAUUCCUCAGGUCUGUCUCCCAUGCCAGACAUCGGAAGUCAGCUUUUAACGUUCAGCGUCACGUCGAAGCAAGUGUUUUGUUUUAGACUAAGACAAAAAAAAAGACAUUUUUUUUCCCUUGAAAAUGUACCGCUUGUGGGUGCCAGGCCGUUUAUGUCCCAAAUGCUGGCUGCUGCCCUCGCGAGUUUCCACUCUGCGGACGUCACUAGACCGCGGGCGAGCUAGGCCGCCCGACAAAUGGAGUGUUGUGAACCAAAGACGAUGCUACGCAAGCGGGUCCAAUACAAGAUUUUCAAAAAACUACAAAUUUUCCUUGGUGUGUGUGUGCGGGGCUGGCGUGGGGCUCGCCUUGGUUUUUGGACUGAAGUAUCACGCGCGGGCAGAAAAGGCUUCGUGUGAUAACACGGCGAUAGAGCGACAGAAACAUCGAUACGGUGCUGCAAUCAAUGCCAGCCGAGUCCUUUUGGAGCGGAUACAGGUAAGCCCGCAGGCUGAAGUCGGAGCUCCCGGACUGGUGGUGGGGGUGGCUGUAGAUGGAGUUCCUGUCUGGUGUGAAGGGAUCGGUUACGCCGAUUUGGAGAAUCGCAUCCCGUGUACCCCGGAAACUGUGAUGCGAAUCGCCAGCAUCAGUAAGUCGCUCACGUCUGCAGCUGCUGCGCACCUCUGUGAGGAAGGAAAACUCGAUCCUGAUGCGGCCAUCCAGAAAUACAUACCGGAGUUUCCGCAAAAGCAGUUUGAUGGACAGAAUGUCACAAUAACGCCUCGCAUGAUUCUCUCCCACGUCAGUGGUAUACGGCAUUACGAGAAGGACCCAAAUAAAGUGAGGGAGAACAAGGAGAAAGCCAAGCGACUUUUGAAGCCUUCGGUGAAGGAGAAAAAGAAGGAGAAAAGCUUGUGUGACGUUAAAGAUGAGCAGAAUAUCCAAUCCAAAGAAACUUCCCGGGGGAAGAGAAAAAAAGAGUUCGAGCAUGAAGAAUACUACUUGAUGGAUAGUUUUGAAAGUGUCACUCAGGCUUUGGGACUUUUUAAGGAUGACCCGCUCAUUUUUAAACCAGGCACAACAUUCCUGUACUCCACCCACGCCUACACCCUCCUCAGUGCUGUCAUAGAGCAAGCUGCUGGACAGCACUUCCUGGAUGUCAUGACAAACCUCUUUCGGGAACUUGGAAUGCACAGUACUGUGCCCGAUCAAAACGAACCAAUCAUUUACCAUCGCGCCAGAUAUUAUCAUCUGAACAAGCGAGGACGGGUAGUGAACUGCCCAUACGUGGACAACUCGUACAAGUGGGCAGGCGGCGGCUUCCUUUCCACGGCGGGGGACCUGCUGCGCUUCGGCAAUGUUCUACUCUACAGUUACCAGAUGGCCCACGUAAAGGACACAGAAGGGCUCCUGCCCGGCUUCCUCAAACCCCAAACUGCCGUGGAAUUAUGGACUGCGGCGGACAAUACGGAGGCCAGCUGGGACGAGGACGGACGGUACGGCCAAGGCUGGCUGGUCGUGGACAAGCAGCAGAAAUACGGGCAGUGCCGAAAGCGCAGGCAUUACGUGUCGCACACAGGUGGCGCUGUGGGGGCAAGUAGUGUCCUGUUGGUGUUGCCCAGCGAGGAGAUUGAGCAGCGCCGGGGGCAGAAUGUCCUACCGCAGGGGGUGGUGGUCACCAUUAUCACCAACAUGCAGUCGGUGGGACUCAACAGCACAGCCCUGAAAGUUGCGCACGAGUUUGAUAAAGCCAGAAGCGUGGCUCCGCCUAUGACCUGAAACAGAAGGAAGCACUUUGUCCUGUUUUGCCAAAUGUGGGAGUUGAUUGUAAAUACUGUAACCCCUUUUACUGUACCUUAGUGAGUCAGUUGUAAAGCUCUUCAUGAUGUACGUCUCUGUAUGUAUUAAACAGCCUCCAAUGGUGGCACACCAGAAGGAGCACAAUGUGAGGGCGGAAUGGACUAAAGGCAUCUUUGUUGCUUUCAAUGGGGAAAGAUGAAUUGUGAUUUGACCUCUCUCACUCACUUUAUGCCCAUUUUAACCUUGGAAAAUAUCAGAACCAUCACCCCAAUAUUUUGUAUUUUAUAGAUUUAAAGCGUUUUGCCCUCCAUACAAACUCAAGACAUUAUUCAGAAAAAUAUUAAUGUUGCUUAAUGAAGGAAACUUUCACCUCCAUAAAAUCUAUCAUACUAUUCCUCUUGUUCUGAUCAUUUCAGCAGUGGAACGGGACGGAAGUAGAGAUCUCAACAUUUUAGUGAAAAUUGAUAGCAGUUUUGUGAAAAUAAGACACAUUGAGGGUUUUUUUACGCUUGCAUCAAACAUUUUAGACCGUCCCCAAUGAAAUGAUAGCUUGUGUUCCUAGUCUGUAAUCAGUCAAAAUGUUGAGCACUUUUUACUCCAGUGGGUCACUCAUGUUUACUUCCUGUUUUGUAUUCUGU